AACACAUCCCCCGAUGCUCCCCUCCCCCCCGCUCCGCCUAUUCUAAACCAAAAAUCUCGCCUUUCUGUAAACUAGAUAGAUUUCCCCUUGCUAAUUCGGGUAUUAUACCGCCGGCUAAUCACACUCUCCCGCCUGUCGCCUGCCCCCUUGUUUAUAAGCCGAGCCACCCCUCCCUUGCCUUCUUUGUCGGUCGUCCUUGCGGGGUAGGGUCGCGGAGGGAGAGAGACCGGCGGAGGAAUUUUCGCUGCCGGUGUUAGGGAGAGAGAGAGAGAGAGAGAUCUUGGGGGGAUUUGGGUGAGGGGGUUGUGUCUUGUGUGGGGGAGGGGAGAGGGAUGGAGAUGCCGGGAGGGAGCGGGGGCGGCGCGCUGGCCAGGCAGGGGUCGAUCUACUCGCUCACCUUCGACGAGUUCCAGAGCGCGCUCGGCGGCGCCGGCAAGGACUUCGGCUCCAUGAACAUGGACGAGCUGCUCCGCAACAUCUGGACGGCCGAGGAGUCCAACGCCAUCGCGGCCACCCUGACGACGGCCACCACGGCCGUCCCCACAUCCAAUGUCGACGCCCAGCCCCAGCCGCCGCCGCCGCAGCAGCAGCAGCAGGCCAUCCUGCGCCAGGGCUCGAUCACGCUGCCCCGCACGCUCAGCCAGAUGACGGUCGACGAGGUCUGGCGCGACAUCAUGGGCUUCUGCGACGAGGAGCCGCCGCCACCCCCCGCGCCGGCGCCGGCGCAGGCGGAGCGGCAGCAGACCCUGGGGCGGAUGACGCUGGAGGAGUUCCUGGUGCGCGCCGGCGUGGUGCGGGAGGACAUGGGGGGCCAGACCGUCGUCGUGCCGGCGCGGGCGCAGGCUCUGUUCCCUCAGGGCAAUGUGGUCGCGCCGACCAUGCAGGUGGGGAACGGGGUGGUGCACGGAGUCGUCGGGCAGGGGGCUGGGGUGCCGAUGACGGUGGCGGCGCCGACGACGCCCGGCGUGCUGAACGGGUUCGGGAAGAUGGAGGGCGGGGAUCUCUCGUCGCUGUCGCCGGUGCCGUAUCCCUUCGACACCGUGACGAGGGCGAGGAAGGGGCCUACCGUCGAGAAGGUGGUCGAGAGGAGGCAGAGGCGCAUGAUCAAGAACCGGGAGUCCGCCGCCAGGUCCCGCCAGAGGAAGCAGGCUUAUAUCAUGGAGUUGGAAGCCGAGGUAGCAAAACUGAAGGAGAACAAUGAGGCAUUGCAGAAAAAACAGGUUGAAAUGCUACAGAAGCAAAAGGAUGAGGUUAUAGAGAGGAUCGAAAAGCAACUUGGACCAAAGGCAAAGAGAUUUUGCUUGCGACGAACGCUGACGGGUCCAUGGUAGCCCCAAGCUGAAUACAAACCUUGACAGCAGCAGCUAGGGUGUCUGGCUUCCUUGGAUGAACAACGAACCAGUGUACAUAUCAGCCGAAGCCGGAGUCUCCAGCCGCCCCCCUGGACCGCCGCUCCUUCCUGUGGCGGUUCGUUUGGUUUAUUUAGUUGGUUCCUGGGUGACAAUUUAAGUCCUAGGUCUCUUAGCCUUGCCGUUACCAGAUGAACAAAAAUCAAAGUAUCUACUAAUCUGUUUAACUCCAUAUAUCUGUUUGCGUGUGGCGA